AUGGCCAAAUCCACGGAGAAGAAUGCCGGUGAUUUCACUUGGGCCCAUGAAAUCCGAUGGUACUGCAAAAAUCUAGACCUAUUUCACUUUAUUUUCCUGGUUGUGAUCCCGGUUGCUAUCUGUUUUAUCGCCCCACAUGUUGCUCUUACACGCAACAGCUUUUUGAUGGCGCUGAUACUUCAUAUUGUUGGAGGAAUGAGUAUCACUGUUGACAGUCUAACAAGUCAUACUGAUACCGUGCCAGGCUAUCAUCGAUUAUGGGCACACCGUUCAUACACAGCUCAUCUUGUACUCCAAUAUUUUCUCGCUAUUAUGGGAGCAGCACAAUGCCAAUGGUCUAUCCUGUGGUGGGUACAGCAUCAUCGCGCCCAUCACCAAUAUACGGACACCGAUAAAGAUCCUUAUGAUGCCCGGCGAGGACUUCUAUUUUCACAUAUAGGUUGGCUUGUGGGACUGAGUCCUGCUGAAUGGGGCAAAGUCGAUGUGUCCGACCUAGCAAUGGACCCUGUGGUCCGCUGGCAGCGCCGCUACUAUGUCAUAAUUGCGAUUCUGGUUUGCGUGGGAAUGCCCACAGCAAUCGCCCACUUUGGCUGGAAUGAUUGGAGAGGAGGGCUCCUGUAUGGUGGCGUUGGACGAACGAUCGUGACACAUCAUUCUACGUUCUUGGUGAACUCCAUAGCACAUGCGCCUUGGGCGGGUUACCGACCAUACUCAACUAAAUGGACCGCAACAAAUGUUCCACUGGUUGCCAUCCUAGCAGCUGGAGAGGGUAGUCACAACUUCCAUCAUGCAUUUCCUCGGGACUAUCGGAACGGCAUACAAUGGAUUGAAUUGGACUGGUCUCGGGCUGUGAUCGAACUUUGUGAGAAACUUGGAAUUGCGUGGGAUUUGGUGAUCACAAGCCCGGACGAGACGAAUAAAGGUCAGCGAAAUCACAUAGAACAAGCUGGUUUGGCAACGAAGAUAACGAUGGAUUGGAAAGAUUACGUGCACCAAGCUGACCGAGGCCGCUGUCUGAUUUGUAUCAAAGACGUUGUGUAUGACAUUGCAGAUUUCAUGACGGAACAUCCUGGGGGUGCAGAGCUUCUUCAGAAAUUUGUUGGCAAAGAUGCGACGGAAGGUUAUUUAGGUGAUACUCACCUGCAUUCAACACAUGCUGAUGGUCUUUUGGCAACUCGAAGUAUUGGUGUUGUCAAUAGAUGA